AUCGGAUGCGACGAUGCGCGAAAGUGCGAAAGUGUCAGAAACGAAGAGCCAAAAAAAUGAUUUUAUAUUUUUGUGAGGGAGGAAACUUUAUUUCGCGCAGUGAAAAUUGAAAAUAAAUGGAUCUAAAGCCGAGUAAGAUUGUGGACUUCCACUACGAGUACACCAACUAUGACGACAAGCCGGCCAAACUUGUCUACCCGUUGGAAAUUCCUUUCCGGUGCAGCCCGGAUGAGUUGGCUCACCGGAUUGUGGGAGAGCGGAUGGAUUCGAUCAUGAAGUUCCUGCAGGCAGAUAAGGAUUUGAAGGUUGUGCUGCGGCGCUUUAUCGAAAAGGAAAAUCAGAACUUCUACGACGAACGGGAUGAGCUGCUGUUGGAGAAGCUGAGAACGGGCCACGUCGAUGUCGACGCUUUGGCGUUGGAUUUGGAGAAAUCCUACAAGGACGAGAUACUGGAAUAUGCCGAUCGGGUGGGGCCAACCGAUGAGGAUAUUUUCGCCCAGAGUUACCAUCAGCUGGUGCAUUCGUCGGUGUUGUCGGAAAUAUUGGGCAAAGAGCGGGACUACGCCAAGACCAUUACGAACCUAACGGCCCAGAUGACCCAGCAGAUCAACACUAUGAACUUGCUGCACAAGGAGGAGAUUGAUUCCAAGAUGAAGCUGUUGGACAUUUCGGUUACAUCGGAGAACAUAAAUCACAUCCUCGCGAAGCAGUAUAAUAUGCAAAAUAUGAUUCGUAAGCAGUGCGAAUCGGAACUGGAAUCAACCAGAGGACAUCAGAAAUAUGAGUACCGUGAUUGGAUUACGACCCACAUUGAUGCCAGUUUCCUGGCUGAAUCGGACAGCCCAACACAGAUCGGGAACCGGUGGUCAAUGAUUUCGACGCAGGGUCCCUCGAUGGAGGAAAGCUUCACCAUCCAUUUGGGCUCACAACUGAAGCACAUGCAUAACAUUCGAAUUCUCAGCACAAGGAUCUCCGAUCUGUGCAGCCCAUUGUAUAGCGAUACCAGUUUCGGAGGACCGAAUGUUGCCUUGGGUCUGUACUCUAGUUCCCUUUGCGGUAUCGUGGUGUUGACGUCUUCGGGGACCGUCUCGCCAGAUUCUGAAAUUCGUCGCAAUGCCAACAUGUCCACCGAGUUUCACUUCGAUCAAGUCGAUCACCAGAUCGAAAAGAUUCAAAACGACCUGCGGAGACUGCGCGACAGUCCGGAAGGGUCCCUAGCCGGUGAUCUGGGGAUCGAGGGGGGGCGAUCGGAUCGGAGCUCUUCGCGGUUGAAACCGGGUGACGUCUACAUCACCCGUCACUCGAAUCUGUCCCAUUCGCACGUGAUCUUCCAUCUGAUCUCGGAUGAAACGUUCCAGAGUCCGAGCGAGAUCAACUCGCGGCAUCCGGUGAUUUUGGGGUUGCGGAAUAUAUUGAAAAUUUCUAGCCGACACGACGUGACGACGCUGACCAUUCCAGCACUGUUGAGGCACGACAUGUCCGAGGAUAUGACCGUUAGCUGGUGCAUUCGUCGAGCCGAACUGGUCUUCAAAUGCGCCAAAGGAUUCAUGAUCGAAUCGGCCAGCUGGGGCGGGGCGGAAUUGAACACGUUGCAGCUGCUUCUGCCGUACGACAUCUCAGAGGAACUGUUCCGCACGUUGGCCGAUAUGGUGCCGCACGUUUUCCGGGUGGCGAAUCCGAAAAUAUUACAAUAGGCAUUUGAUAAAGUAUCGAAAUAUUUUUAUGUGAUAUGUGUUUAUGAUGUCUAUCGAGUACUGAUUAUGUAUAUUAUUUAACCUUGUGCUGUAAAAAUAUAUCAAUUAUAGGAUUCUUUA